AUGAGUUCUUCCCCACGACCAGGUUCUUUAACGAGAACUCACACCGGAAAUGCGACGUUGAGCGCUAAGGAUAUUUAUACAGCGGGUUUCCACAAGGCGUUAAAUCCAAAAGAUGCCAACGAAAAGGCCUCAAGCUCAAGGGUUCGAAAUAAGCUUCUAGAGCGGCUGAAUGAUCGCAGCAAAAACGACCCAUUCAAAAGAUUGAUUGAGGAGAUAUCAAACAUCAUUUUUGAAGAACUGAAAAAGGAAGAAAGGGCUAUUGAAGGCGUCAAAAACUUUCUGAAAGACGACGACGUGGAUGAUUGCCUGAGAUGGCAUCUGUUAUAUUAUGCCGUCAACAUAGACGAGCUGGGAAACGCAAGAAACGAAAGUAAACUGCCUCGAUUACAACUCAGCAAAGCCAUCAUCUCUGAGCGCCCCUAUCUGUCCUUUGAAAAUCCAUCGGCCGUUCAUCGUGCCAAAGAGCUCUACCAGAAAGACUGCGGCUCGAAGAAUUUUCACCAGGGCUACAAGGUCAAGCAGACCCCACUACACAAGGCCGCUGAGAGUGGCAAUGCCGAAGCCAUUGAAGCCAUGAUCAUGGAAGGAAAGAAGUUCUACAACGAAGAUGGGUUCGGAGGGAAGAGCCCGGGGUUUCUUCGUGCCAUGAAUCUUAAACACCACGAGCAACUGUCACAAAAUGAUUGCCGGCUUGUCAAUAUGAUGCGGCCAACUACCAAGGACUCUGGAGCGACUGCGUUGAGCCUGGCCGCUAAUGCUGACCAUGGAUCAUCGGACACAAUUAUCAAGUUGCUUCAAGUUUCAGACAUUGCCUGCGGUGACGAAACCUUCGGGGAAGCUGUCGAAGAAGGCAAGCUUCAGAUUGUCGAAGCUUUUCUCGGCAAGGAUGAUCCAAAAUUGUUCAAAAAUGUUAUUACGGAAGACGCAGUAAAAACUGCGUUAAGAAAUCUCAACAAUGCCGACCUUGACGAGGUCAAUGCCGAGAAUAACGUGGACACUUCUAGCAAUGCCCGGCACAGGAUUGCCGAGCUCCUCAUCAGUCGCAUUCAAGAUCCUCUCCACGUUGAUGACAUAGCAGAGAGUAUUAUCGCAACCGGGUCUAUGAAGGUCUGGCAAGCUUGCCCUGGAUCCAUGGUAUCACCUAAACUGCAAAAGCAUCUGAUUCAUCUAGCAGUCAAACAUCAGAAGCUCAAUUUCGUUCAGCACUUUUUGAAAGAGUAUCCAGACUCUGUCCGUGAGCUGUGGGGGGACGAUAAACAUAUUGGUCAACAGUACCCGCUCUGGUAUAACAACCAUGACAAGGACGGGAAUAAAAUUCCAAAGCCUCUUAUCGGCACCGUGCGUGGCAAUAUCCGCAAUGAGAUUGUUACCAAAAUGAUACACAAAAUUGAAGAGAUGGAGAAGCUGUCUGAUGCAUUCAACCAUUGUGAAGCAGUUGGACAACUUUGCCUGGAUCUGUCACGGUUUGAUUCAAAGGGCUUCCGCGUUUCGGACUUUGUUGAUUCCAUGAUCUCACAAGCUGACAAUGAUCUUGUUACUUACGAGCAGACUCUGCGAUAUGUUGAGUUUCCGCCGCUGGACAUGCUCCCGGAGGCGAGGGAGACCUUUAAAGAUGACUGUCCACUUCAGUUUCAGCAUACCGAGAUUUUCAAAAUACUCAAAUGGCUUAGGGACAAGAAGAAGGUUCAAACAAUUAUUAGACUGAAAGCGUCAGAUAGGCUCGUGAACUGCCAUGAUCAGAGGCUUAUGGCUAAAGGUGUCGAGCUUUUCAGCGUUAAAGUUCUGGAUUGGAAAGUCCUUGACUUGUGCUUGGAUAUAUUUGACAAGACUUCUCAGGAAAAUAUUACAGACUUGUCCCCAUGGGCUUCAAAUUGUUCAAAAACGCGACUCAAAAUCGUCAAGAUCUUCGUAGUCAAGGAGACUUGUACCACUGUCCACCGGAAUGCGGUGUUUCGUGAGUUAGUACGAAAGGCUAACAUGAACAAUGAGCUCCCCGUGAUCAGUAUUGAGCGAACGUGCUGGUAUCAUAAGCAGGAACUAGCAGACUUGAGCAAAAUUGCAGAAAGAAUAGAUCCACAACUUGGCGGAUGGCUUGUGAAUCUCAAGUCUAAAUACGAAGGUUACGAGGGCCUCAGACGGACCAAAGUCGCUAUACUUGAUAAUGGCGUGCUUAGCAUCGCUCCUAAAUCGAGUAUAACGGCUGCGUCUAGUGGUAGUUCCGGGGCCUCAGAGCAGUUCGCUUGGGGAAAAGAUGAUGAUAAGAAAGGCAACACAAAAGACGACAAGAAAGGCAGCACACAUCAUAGUAAUUCCGCUCACGAGGAUGGUAACAUCGAUAUCACUAGUAGCCUUUCCAGCCGUAUCAAGGGUGGGCGCUCAUUUGUUGAAGGGAGAUCGAGUCAUAGCCCUUGGCAUCUUGCAUGCCAUCCCCAUGGAACACAAAUGGCCAACAUCAUCUGUGCAAUUGAUCCUCUUUGCGACAUUUAUGUUGCGAGGGUCGCCGAGGAUGCUUUCGGUAUCACUGCAAAAAGAGUUGAGAAGGCCAUUGCGUGGGCUAUUAGCAAAAAGGUCGAUAUUAUCUCCAUGAGUUUCACCAUUGGGGAAAUGGGAGAAAUCUCUAAAUUGCUGCACGAGGCUACUCAAAAAGGCAUCGUUAUGACUUGCAGCACGCAUGAUGAAGGGGCCAAAGCCCAGAAUGCCUACCCAGCAGGCCUCAAAUCAGAUGAUAAGUCACUCCUUGUUCUCGCUGCAUGUGAUGAGUUCGGCACACCUAUUCGAGAGAUCGAACCAAACAAAUUCCACUAUCUGAUUCGGGGUCAGAAAAUGGCUGCAGGCACGAUUCCUUUCCUGAAGUCGAACGACACUGUUGAUGGAAGUUCUGUAUCAACAGCACUUGCAGCUGGAUUAUGCUCUCUUACUCUGACUUGCGACCGCCUUCGGGAUAAGGACAUAGAGUAUGAGCCAGGGCACGAGGGCGAAAUAGAAACCCUUGUUAUUAUACUGAGAAAGAUCGCGGCGUUUGCCUUACUGUCCACAUUUUCAGUUCCAGCUGUCUAUCAUGAUGGAUAA